CGUUGUCAGAAAAAUAAUGUUGCUUCCGGGUUAAUUUUAUACAAAAAUGGCUCAUUUUGGAAAAGACAUUGAUAAUAUCACAACGACAUCAUCGAUAAAGAUAAAUGAAACCCAAACAGUUGAAACAUACACGCUGUAUACCAUUGAAGUGACAGUGGGCCCUUACUCAUGGACCGUGAAACACAGAUACAGUGACUUCCAUGAUCUACAUGAAAAGUUAUGUUCUUUAACAAAGCUUGAACGGAACCUUCUUCCUCCGAAGAAACUCUUUGGCAACCAAUCAGAACAGUUUAUUAAGAAGCGACAACACGAUCUUCAAGUGUACCUACAGACUGUGUUACACUAUGUGUCGCACAAAAUCCCCAGUUGUCUCUCUACCUUCUUACACUUUGAAAAAUAUGAAAUUCAUGGCAUCACACAAGGAAUGGCGGAAGAGCUUUAUAAUAGAGGCGAUGCCAUUCUACAAAAUCGUGAGACAUACUGCACAUCACCUCUACAUUUAUAUUCCCUGACAGAGAGAUUGAAACUCCCAGAACCCACUUGUGAUGGUGGGGAUGUCAAGCGAGACCUGGGCCAUAUUCUUGACUUCAUAACGAGAUUGAAAUGUUUACAGGUUACUGGAAAAAUGAAGAUUGGGACAAGCAAUAUCGAUAUGAAUGCUUUAAACUUUGAUCUCUCUCUGUUCAAAUCCCUGCAAACAUUGGAGCUUGGUUGUUGCAAUAUCGGUCUGAUCGGAGGGUUGGAGGUCGUUAAACAGACACUGAAAUCGAUAACCGUCGGUAACUCGAUCAGCUCACUCAAGGAGAUUCUAUUACACGACCUACCCCACUGGAAAGCAGAUGAUGGUACUGUCCUCGUGACGCCCUGGGACGGUAUUAGGCAGGCAAAUUUCAGCCACAACUCUCUCUCAAGGAUUAAUGAAUGUGUGCAAUUAAUCCCAAAGACCGUCCGUCUGGAGAUGAGCCACAACAAGAUCACGAGUAUAGAAAACCUUCACUGGCUGAGCAAUAUGGUCCAUCUAGACCUGUCGUAUAAUGAUAUAGAAGAGCUGGAUGCCCUGCAUUCAAAACUUGGAAAUCUCAAAACCCUGAACCUGGCUGGAAAUAGGUUGACAUCUCUCCAAGGUUUUUCAAAACUGUUUUCUCUGGAGCAUUUAGAUCUCGGCUAUAAUCAAAUAGGGGCAGUAGAAGAAAUAAAAGCCAUCAGUCGCCUCCCUUGUCUGGAACGUCUUCUGUUGCUUAGCAACCCAGUGACUUUGACCCUUGACUACAGAACAAAGACAUUGACCUUGUUUGGAGACAGGGUGAAAGAGGUACUGCUGGACAAGACCCCAGCCACAGAGAAAGAGCUGGACACUGUCGCUGUGAUGCAGGCUAUUCAGAAGUCUAGGGACAAGGCCAAAGAUAUCAAGCUGAGAAAGGGACCCAGCAGCGCUUCACUAGCAAAUUCACCCCUAGCAACCAGUCUUGGCAGAAGCUCUAGCAACCCAAACCUUCUCAACCAAUCAGGCUCCAGAAACAGCCUGGGUCGUAUGCAGAGCAAAUCUAGCUUCAGCGGUUACCAUAGCAACUAUGAUGAGAUGCCAGGCCCUAGUGAUGCUGUUGGUUGCCAUGACAACACAGGUGCUUCAACAUCAGGUAAUCAUGUAAGACAGACCACGCCUCUCCUUCAGAAAUAUAAUCUUUAUACCCGCUUGCAAAACACAGCUGUAGAUACUUCACUUGAGCUUCCUGGCACAUCCACACAGCAUGACCAGCUUAGUCCAUACUCUGGAAAUAAGGCCAGAACAAGUUCUUCUACUUCUCAGGAUCGACUCAGUUCCAGGCCUUCAUCCACAUCAAGCUAUUCACCCAUACCAUCGGGCCAACUCACUGUAGAUAUAUCAUCUCUCCCCACCCACCAUAACCCAGCUUACAACUCUGCUCUGCAUGAGCGAUUAUUCGGGUCACCUGAGGAAUCGGGAUCAUCAAGUGCAACAGAGGUCAUCAAGUACAUUCUCUGGUGCCAGGUCAUUCAGUACAGCAAUUCUGACACGACUCAGCCGUGUUGUGUAGUUUUGACUGAAAGACGCAUAUUUGUGCUUCAGCUUAAAAAUGCUGAGUCAUCCAUACAGGAAGUGCCAGCUUUGGAAACCUUCUAUAUUCUACCUUUGUGCAAUAUUCAGCAGGUCAUGGUUGGUUUGUGUUACAGUUUUGUCCGAGUAGAAGAAUCCUUUGUUGGAGCCUCGGGAACAUUUGCAUUUAUUGCGGCAGAUUCUGACAAAGGCAAGGACUUCUUUGAGGAAUUAAAACAGUGUUCAGAGAAUGACACAAACUGUGGUGAACUGGAUAUUGUGAACUGUUACCAAGACUGCAGGCUUUCAAGACAGAUUUUUGAGCAGGAAGAAAACGAUGGAGAAUGUACCGGCAGAGUAGCAAAUGCCGCGUAUGUGACGGAAUCAGAUUCUCAAUCCAAAGCGUUUUUAGUGAUGUCAGAGAAUCAUGUGUACAUUAUUAAAACUGAUGUGUUCUUUAUUCCAAAACCUUCAUUCGAAGUUGAUACAAAGUCUGAAAGUGAAGAAGAUUUUGAAAUCUUUGAAAAGUUCAGCGUCGGAGCAGAAAUUGGGGAAAUUAGAAUGAAUAAUGAAAAAGGCAGAACAGAGUCCAAAGAAUUGGUUCCACCUUUGUCGCCAAGUUUAAGAAUCAGUUACGAAGAACAUGGACUUUCUAUGGUAUUUCAUGAGAUAUUAGGCUUUCACAAGUUUGAUUAUAAGUUCCUAUCCACAAGAGCAAGAGAUACAUUCCUUGAUGGCUUAACAAAGCUGAGAUCAGAGCAUGCGCAUCAGAUAAUGCCGACAUCGAGACAAGACCCGGAAGGUGGAAAUGAAUCUUCAGAAAGUUCUGAAGAUCAGAGUGAUAAGAAAGAUCAUUCAGGGUCAGAUGGACCCCAUGAGGAAAGUGAUAAUGAAGGUAUUGAAGAAGGAAAAAGUGGGAAUCAAAAGAAUGAUGGUUGUGAUGUAGUGGAUGGAAUUUCUGAGGUUGGAUUUGAUAUCAAUGUUGGCCCAAAGUUGAGAUCCAAGACCGAGAUCAUUUUGACAAAGCCGGGAGAAGAUUAUGGCGAUGAAUUGAAAGAGAUGGAGCUGCCCAGUUAUGCCAUGCAUUAUUUGACUCCUGAAUUGACGGCACAUCUUGAAUCAUGUGUAAAAAAUUACACGCUAUUUCAAAGUUUAUCUCCAAAGAUGAAAGCUUUGACUGAAAUGUCUGGUGAAAGAAUAGCUCAAUUCUUUCACUUGAAUGUUAUACCAGUUGGUCAAGAGUAUGAUGAAGAAUUGCAUCAUAUCAUGUGGACAAAUGCGAUAUCUUACACCAACCCACUUCAGGAAAUAUUGACCUGUGUCAUGUUAAGCACAAGAGCUGUAUAUUUUCUCUCCGAUCGCCUUGUUUCGUCCAACCGAAGCACGAAUCGACCAUCCUGGAUGACCCAUGCUAGACAUGUCUCGGAUUCCGUUAUUGGCGCACGUUCGAGAAUUACUGACAGGCAUCAUAGUUCAGGGAUUCUACUCUCUUCCAAGAACGACUCCACAAUGAUUAAACCACAUUGCAUUCUGGAUUUCUCAGAUAUCUACCACGUGAAUGUAGGGCUAUUCGAUCAGUGUGUUCGACUCACAGGGAAGAGAAGAGAAAAAGUGUUCACCCUGGUCACAAGAGAUGCAGAAGCCACAAGUUUGUUCAUCAAACAGUUUUCAACCAUGUUGAAUCUAUACAUUUCCUCCCCUUCCUUGGAGAAAAGUUCCAGUGACAUUGAACAAGAUUUUUAUAAGAGCUCAGACAGGCGAACAAAAACAACUUUGGAAGGCAUUGAGUACACUCACCCAAGUAAGGUCAAGUUUUGUUACCCUGGCGAUGAAACAAUUGAAGAUCUUCUAUUUCUUAUAAAUGAGCAUCUAAAAUCAGCUGCUUUGAAAGUUGGGAGGGAAAAUAUCCUUCAGUACAUUGUUGGCUACAAAACACACCUCAGUAUGGAAGAGCUUGACCUAAUUCCCCUUGAGCCAAUCAGCAUCAUCCUUACAAAUGAGUGUCUGUGUUUUGUAACAGAAGAUCUGGUUAGCUAUCCUUUACCUGAUUUUGUGAGAGGAUUACCCAGCAUUCCAAGACAGCAUGUGACGGAUGUGAGGAAAAUUGAGUACCUGAAGUGUAUUAAGCAGAGAAAAAACAAUGCAAGGGACAUAACUCUGGUUUUCUCAGACGAAAAAGAGGACAUUAUUCUCGUACCAGAUCAUUACAGUCUGGAGGAGGGCUGUUCCAGGGAUUCGCCGAAGGAGAUUCCAUUUCGGUUGUUUAUUCAAAAUGAAAGGGAACUGAACAAGUUUUUGACAUCACUGAAAAAUAGGUCCCGAGAUUUACACCAGAUGCAUGAUGAGUUACAAGUUAUUGAUAUUUAAAUUAGUGUGAUAUUUUUUUUCUAUUAAAAGAAGAAUUAGGCCAGUUAUCCAGUUAUGCUUUUCAUAAAUUGUUAUAGAACAGGUUCAGUAUGUGACAGUGUUGUUGUUAUUCUUUUAAUCUUUUGCAAUAACUUUGUUGAAGAAUAUCACAUGAACCUAGAAACACAUGUUACUAGUUGCUAGACAAAUAUGUAAAGCAAGAACCACAACCCUGGCAUUUGGCCAAAAACUUUUUAUUGUUUGAACAACUUUGUAAACUGGAGAUCUCAAGUGUUUUUGAGAAAAUAUCAUUAUUUGUUUAGAUAUAUUUUGUACACCUUUUUUACCAAAUGAUUUUCAUGAAAUGGCACUUUAUAUAAAAUAAUAAUCAAGAAAUGGCACUUUCGCUUGUAUGUACCAAUCAUAAAAUGGCACUUUAUAUAAAAUAAUAAUCAAGAAAUGGCACUUUCGCUUGUAUGUACCAAUCAUAAAAUGGCACUUUGUAUAAAAUGAUAAUCAUGAAAAGUACUUUUGAUAUUAUGUAUGUACUGUGUACAGAAUCUUGUUUUCUUAUUAUUGGAGUAUAAUUUAACAGACCAACCAAGUUAAUUCUGUGUUUAGGGUCUGUUUCCAAUUUCAAAACCGACCUAACAAGCAAAAAAAUCAAUAAAAAUUUUGAGAGAAAAAUGAACAUGUUAUAAUUAAGGGAACUACCCUUGCAGGAUAAUAAAUAUAAAUAAAAUAAGUAAAUCUACGGUUUAUUAUAUACUUACAGAUUAAUUUGUUGAUUAAAUGUUAUUUUAGCUUUAAUUUUGCUGACUAUUUGGAUUUUUGGAAACUCUGUUUAUUUAUGUUGGUUGAAGACUCUAAACCUACCAGCCUGAUGAUGCUAAACACUGUGUCAAUUUGUCUUGGCCAGCUGUGGGCUGGUAUUCAAAAAUCUUGUUAAGUCAUUUGCUUACUUAAGUCAAUUUCUUUAGUAAAUUAUCUCACUGGUCAUAUUCUGUAAUAAUGUAAUAAUAGCAGAAAUACUUUUUUGUUGUUGAUUUUAUCAAAUAUACAAAUUUUUAUGUUAAAAACACUUAUAUUUUUGUUUUAAUAUGGCCACAAAAAUCAUAUUUUAUAUCAUAUAUCAGGAGAUCAACUUAAGUUAAGACAUGACUUAAGAAAUUUUAUUAUGAAAACGGCCCUAAACUAUUGUUUUGAAUAUCUUAGGAAUUGACAAAUCGUUUAUGAUCUUUUUAAAACUGGUGCAAUGAGGAUAAGUCGGGAUAACAGAUAUUCAAACUGGUAUUGCUUUUUGUAAUAUUGUUGUAUUUAUAUGUGGAAUGUGUUCAUUUUAAGAAAAUGUUGAAUGCAUUUUUGUAGUUUUAUUUUAUGUGAGGAAAGUGUUCAUUUUAAAAAAAUGUAUAUUGUUUUGUUAUAUGAUGACUGAUUGGUAACAUUAAAUAAUUUAUUUUUAAUAAAAUUUUAUUAGAUAAUAAGUUACGGUAUAACCUACAAUUUACAACAGCCAAUGAGAUUCUAAUAACAGGGCUUCCAUUAAGAAUUUGAAACUGGAAGUAUGAACUUCCUGUUCAUCAAUUUUGAUUUUUUUUCACUGAAAUGUGGAAGUUUAAGUCUCAUGAAUACAAUAUAUAUUUUUCCACUAUUUUUCAACUAGUAUGUUAAAAAAAAGUUAUUUGCAACUUUAAGUUGCCAAAUUCAAAGACUUGUAUUAUAGUAAUUAAUUUGAUUGAAAUUGUGACCAUAAAAGUAAUAAUGACACAAGGUUUUGAUUUUUGAACUUCCAAGCUUUCAACUUUUAUUCAAAAUUAUAGAAGUUUUUGUACUUUCAAGGAAUCAAGUUUGGAAGUUUUAACCCAUUUCUAGGGAGAAAUAUACUUCCAAACUUCCUUUAAUGGAAGCCCUGCAAUAAGUAUCAUGCCUCAUUGUUAGAAUUGUAUUUUUACUACCUAACAGACAUGAUGUCAUUAUUUAGAUUCAUGUCCCUUGAAAAGACAUGUACUUAUAUAUAUAUAAGUAAGUUUAAACAUAUUGUGUUAAAACUUGAUUACCAAGAAAUGGCUGGCUUGCUUUGCUAGCUUCUCCUUUCUUAAAACUGAAAUUAACACAACUAUUGAUUAGAUUACCGUAAAUGACUGGGUAUAAGACGAUAGGGGGUAUUAGACGCAGGGAAAAAAAUCUGUGAAAAAUCCGAGAAAAAAACUUUUAAUCUAUGUUUUUGGUUAAAAGACGCAUAGAAAAAAAUGUCAAAAUCGUCCGGCAUUUUCAGCCACCAUGUUUGUUGACAGUGAAAGCAAAAAAUAUUUUGACAGUGCCCAACUUUGCUUUUUUAUAUGUAAGUUUGAUUAUUGUUUAAUUCAAUUUAUUAUUCAAAAUAAUAUUGAAUACCGUAAUUCACAAGAGUUCGGACACCAUAAAUUAAUUAUUUUUUUCGCUCUCCGAAUACAUAGAAAAUUAUCAUUUUUACAUUUUAUUUACAUGUUUGUUUAACCUGCCUUUUUUCUUCAUGUUUGCUUUUUACCACUUAUUAAUUUAUCCGUAGUAAUCAAUGGUCAUAAACUUAUUUAUUACGCCUAUAAGUGUAAAUCCUUCAUGAAGUUAAUUAAAACACCAUUUUAUACAUGCACUGAACUGAAUAAACACAUUCUAUCGGCUUCAGAUCAAAGUGUCACACUGUGUGACGUCACAUAACUUACAGUUAUGCCCACGAGGAUCUCGUGGAGAGCAUGGACAUUGCUAUGCAGGAUUAAUGUAUAACUGUACAAUUAUUGCUUCAUAUAGUCUAUAAGUGUGGUACAAGUUUGAAAGCUUAUUGGCAGAUCGUUUUACAAACAUGCCAUGUCGAUGUUUUCUUAAUCCCUUGAUUGCCCUUGUUGUUUGUUUAAUCCUCAAAUAAAUAUAUCACACUUCCUUUUCAACAGGCAAUAAAUCGUUUAGGAUGGGUAGUAACUAAUUAAAUUGUCACAGUGGUGUAUACGGUUAGGUAAUCUAGCCAGGCAAUGUAAAGAUAAAAAUCAAUAUUCUUCGUCUGUGAAACUUGGUAACUAUGAAAGUUAUGAUUGAUGUCCUUUGGGUGUCCGAAAGUUAGGUACGCAAAAUAAAUUAUUUUGGGAAAUAAUUAUGGGUGUCCAAAUAUAAAAUAUUUUUGUUGAAAUUAUAAACGUCUUACGAUAUACCGUAUCCCGAUCUUCAACUGCCGUUUUAACCCGUAUAUACUCGAUCAAUAUGACGCGAGUAACAUCCCUUUCUACAUAAAUCUAAAGAAACUCUCGGCUUGAAAUUGACAUCAACUGCCGUUUUAACCCGUAUAUACUCGAUCAAUAUGACGCGAGUAACAUCCCUUUCUACAUAAAUCUAAAGAAACUCUCGGCUUGAAAUUGACAUCAGAAAAAAAGUUCAAAAAAUUGUUACUGGGUAUUAUACGCAGGCAUUUUUUUGCAUCAAAAUCUGAGGGAAAAAAGUGCGUCUAAUACCCAGUCAUUUACGGUAAAACCUAUUUCGGGCUCCAAAAUGUAAUCAUCAACUCUUGAAUUUUUUUAAACUUAACAGACAUUAGCAGAUGAUUUGGUUCCCCUCCAUUACUAUCUAAGUCAGUUAGAACAUAUACUAUCUAAAUGACUCAGAGGGGCUCACUAGCUCUGCCCUUCUUUAUCAUUAAGAUUUUACACAACAUGUUUGAACAAUCAUUUGGUUAAAAAUUAAAUAUGAAACCUAGUAGCAAAACAACGCACCCUGCCCCUAUGAUUUAUAUAAGGGGUGGUGGAGCAUAAUGUCAUUUGAUAUAAUAUCAUGGCUUCUCCUUAUAGCUAAUACUUUAUGAUUCUAAGGUUUAACUGCCUUUUGCUGUGUAUAGCACUGGCACACAGGACCCCCCAUUUAACGUCCCUCCUGAGAGACAAUUAGUAUUUGUUUAGUGGUGCAGCAGGGAAUCAAACCUACGACCACUGAACUGACAGUCAAUAGUGUUACCACUAGACCAAAGAUCGGCCACAUAUAUCCAUUGGUUUAACAGUGAAAAGGGGCAGGGUGCAUUUUUUUGACAAACCCCCUUGACCACGCCCCUCCCCCCCCCCCCCCCCCCCAUUAAAAAAUCCCAGCCAGACUUAUUAAUGAUGAUGGGAGAAUUAUUUUUUUUGUAUGUUAUCAUCAGUAACAGUUCCCCCAUAAUUAUUAAUAAGUCUGGGAUUUUUUUUAAGAAAAAGGGGGACUGGGUGGGGCAUGGUCAAAGGGGUGUAGCAAAACAGCGCACCCUGCCCCUAUGAUUUAUACAAGGUGUGGUGGAGCAUUAUGUCAUUUGCACAUGAUUGUAUAUUUAUGAGGUAUAUUCUGUAUUUGAUAUAUGACAAUAUUUUGUAUUGCUUAACCCAAGCCAAUUUUUAUAUAUUGCUUGUUGUAGAGUUGUAUUGUCUUCUGGAUGGUAUUCACCUCAUUGUCAUAACAUUUUGUUGAAAUAUGAUAAAGAAUAAAAAAGAGUAAAAAUCA